AUUACUGUGAGCCAGAACUGAACUGCUGCCUUGAUUCUCCAUCGGGUGUCUCACUCACACAGAAAGCCUAAUGGAAACCUUUUUUCUUGUUGUGGCAGUGUUGGUGUGUGUAUAUGCGGUCAUUUAUAAAGUUUGUGUCUAAGGCAAAUCAUGUCAAAGCAAUGUCAAACUUCAUGGAAGAACGGUCAUUAUUACAGGAAGUAACACAGGUAUUGGGAAGACAACAGCUAUUGACUUGGCCAAAAGAGGAGCCAGGGUCAUUCUGGCCUGCCGCAGUAAGCAGAGGGGUGAGGCUGCUCUUGCUGAGAUUAAGAAGGAGAGUGGGAGCGACAGGGUAGUGUUCAUGCAACUGGAUCUGGGGAGUAUGAAGUCUGUGCGCUCCUUUGUUGAAAUCUUCCUGAAGACUGAACCCAGACUGGACCUGCUGAUCAACAAUGCAGGGAUUGUCAUGGAAGGAAAAACUGAGGACGGCUUGGGCAUGAUGUUUGGUGUUAACGACAUCGGUCACUUCCUGUUGACCAUCCUGCUCCUGAACCGUCUGAAGGAGUGUGGACCCAGUCGAGUGGUCAACGUGGCUUCAGCAGCUCACAAUGCGGGGCAUAUUGACUUCAACUACCUGAGUACUCACAAAGAUCUAGGGGUCGGCAGCUCAUUUCUGGAUGUUAUGAAGAUCUACAGCAACAGCAAACUGUGUAAUGUUCUCUUCACCCAUGAGCUGGCAAAGAGACUGAAGGCCACCAAGGUCACCUGCUACAGCCUACAUCCAGGUGCCAUUAACACCGAACUGUCCCGGAACGCCAAAAUGGUUGCCAUUCUGAUGAAGCCCUUUUCCUUGUUACUCUUCAAGACCCCGGUGCAGGGGUCCCAGACCACUCUCCACUGUGCCCUCCAGGAGGGCUUGGAGCCCCUGAGUGGACGUUACUUCUCCAACUGUACGGUUAGAGAUGUGUAUGCCAAGGCCAAAGAUGACGCUGUGGCUAAGAAGCUCUGGGAAGUGAGCGAGACUCUGUGUGGCCUGUCAUAAGAAACUUUUACCAUGACUUCUGCUUUUCACUAAGGAUCCAAUGAUUGAUCAAAUUACAUUUUUGUCAGCAACUAAUAUCCUAAAUGUUCCUUAAAAUUAGUUUAUGUUGUUGAUUUUAUUAAAAAAAAGAAAUACCUUGAAAUACCUAGGUGGUACAAAAUGUAAGAAUGCUUUAUGUUGCAAUUUUGCCCAAUCUCGCCGACAACCAGUUGUCUACAGCACCUGUACAGCACAUUAUCAAUGUUCUUGUUAAUGCUUCAUUCAUGCUGUGAAUCAAAUACACCCUUGAUUGAACUACAGCACAUCAGAUAAGCCUAAACUUGAACAAUGGGUUAGAGAGGGAAAGGGCAAUUCAGAGGUAGCAUGUUAGCCGUACCACUUAUGCUGAUAGCAUGUUUUUUGUUGUUGCUGUGACUAGCUAUUUCAGUAUUGCUAGCUGAAUUUGCACAGGAAACAGUGGGAGGGGACGGUCUCAGGCUUUGAUACUACUACUACUUGAUAUGACAUUAGCGAUUGCGUGUGCCUGUUUAAGGCUGAAGAUAUGAUAGGCCCUACUGUGAUACAUUUAUUUUUUGUGUUUGUAGGCCUAAGAGUUAUCAUAAUUCUACAAACAUAUUCACUGUGUGCAGGCUACAGUAUGAAUGUGGACAUGAACAAGACAAGGAAGUGGAAUACACUUCCUUCAUUAAAAACCCGUUUGUAAAAUAUAGAGUUUUGUCGUUUCAGUGAGCCGACAAUGUGAUAAUUAACAGACUUUUCUUCAAUUACUGAGUUUGUUACUAAAUUCGGACAGUUCCUGACCGUACCUUAGUUCACUGAUUAAAACUCACGGACACGGCAAGCGGUAUCUAAGCUAAACUAUAGGUCCCCUACGCGAAAUGCGGUCAUUCAUGUAGCCUACAUGCGACCUCCUCAAUUUACUCGGAAAUGAAAGUGAUGAGCAUUCACUGUAAAGGAGGAGUAGGCUAUGUGUCAAAAACAUUUUCAUAUCUCCCAUAACGAGGGCGUGAAAACGAAGACAAACGGUCUGAGAAAGAGACAAUGUCUCUCAAACGAGAAAUAGACAGUCCUAUCAUAGACUUUCCACCGGAGAAGAGAGUCAAGUCUGUGGGAGUACAAAAAAGCUCCAGAGAAGAAUGUCUUGCAUUCCCAAGUGUCAAGCAGGAGAUUGUAGAGUCUCCUGAUCCCAGGUGUAUGUCCACCAAGAGCAACCUAUCAAUGGAUAAAUCAUUUCACAAAGGAGGAAACCUUCCCUCUAAGUACAGGGUAUUAAGGGUAUUAAACAGGAAAGAAAAGAAAAUCUUAUGUCCAGUGGGAGACCUGUGACAAGUGACAAAUCAAAGGACACACCACUAGACUCAAGAGCAAGAGGCACUCUUCCAGGAACAAGUGCUCAGGCUUACACAGAGCCCAAGGAUAUGGUCUGUGAUUUGUGUCUGAACCAGAAGGUCAAUGCAGUGAAAACCUGUCUCACCUGUAGCUGCUCCUACUGUGAGAUCCAUGUCAGGCAGCACUAUACAAUUCCGGCACUGCAGAAGCAUGUCCUGGCUGAGGUAUCUGGGGAUAGAGGUCACAUGGACCAGGACCAGAGAGGUCACAUGAAUCGGGACCAGAGAGGUCACAUGGACCAGGACCAGAGAGGUCACAUGAAUCGGGACCAGAGAGGUCACAUGGACCAGGACCAGAGAGGUCACAUGGACCAGGACCAAAGAGGUCACAUGGACCAGGACCAGAGAGGUCACAUGGAAAAGGACCAGAGAGGUCACAUGGGAACAGCUGGUACACCACGGACUAGCAGAGUGGUCAGCACAUACACUGUACAUACACCUGUAGACUGAGGCCAAGUAUAGUUAUCUUUGCUAUUGAGAUAAAAAACACAGGCUGCACAAUCAACAAAAUUAAACCCAUCAUUAAUGAAGACAAAUAUUUUCAGACAUAACUUGGGGAUAAGACAGCAAUAUAUUUACAUUUUAAAAGUGCUUGCUCUAUGCCUUUUUAGGAAUUUUUUGAGAGGAUGUAGCUUAAUUUAAAUCAAUUUUAGUAUCAUCUAAUAGUAGUUCGAUAAAGUCAAAUCAUCUAGUUAAAUAAUAUGACCCUUGGUGAACAGCAUGUAUGUAAACAGUUUUUGUAUUUGACUACUGAGUGUCAUUUUUUUUUCAAGAGUGAGAAUGUGAGCUUAUCACAAAAAUACCCUAAGAAGAAGAAGUUAGGUUUGAGUGAGCUGGAAAUGAUAAAAAAUCGAAUCAAAAAGUUGGAAAAGAAGAACCGUAAGCUGAAGAACAUCUCAAAAAUCAAGUCAAACCUGGAAAGAGAGGUCAUUCAACUUGAACUUGAAAAAGAUGCGCUCCAUAAAGAGAAUACCAAACUGAAACAGGAGGCCAGUUUUGGGAGUUUGCUGAGGAACAUAAAUAUGUCUAUUCAGGAAUGUACUGGACGGGCUAGCUUGCAGAAGGAAAGAGGGAGUAGAACAAAACUGAGGGAUGUGGAUGAUUAUUCUGGAUCUGGUGAUGGAGAAGAGGAUGGAGGAGAAGGAUCUGAAGAGGAAUAUUCAAGAUCAGAGGAUUCAGAGGCAUCACAUGAUGAGUCAGAAGAGGGAGAUUUGAAUGAAGAGGAGAAUGAUGAUGAUGAUGAUGAUGAUGAUGAUGAUGAUGAUGAUGAUGAUGGAGGAUCGGAUGAAGAGGCAUCACAGGGUCAAAAUGAUUGCGAUGAUUAUGAUGAUGAUGACAACUACGACAGUGGAUCGGACUAUGAGGAUGAUGAUUAUGAUGAAUACAACUUCUAAUACUGACUUCUUGAAGAUAAAAGAUGGUAAGCCGGUGGAAGAGGAGUGGUAGAUGAGAGGAUGAUGAUGAUCAUCAUCAUCUGCAUUGGCAGAUCCAAGGAGUGUCAAGGUGACAAAAGAGACUUGGCACCCUAAUCUUCCCAUGCUAAAAUAUAUAAUUUGAUACAUUAUUGUACAUUUAAUUCAAUAAUAUUAAUUUUAUUAUUAAUUGACAUUCUGUCAUUCUAAAUGGCCUUAAUUAAUCGAAAAAAUGCUAUUAAUUUCUAAAUAAAAAAUUAUAUGUGAUUUUAUGAGUUUUAAAAGGUAAUCUAUACUACUUCAUGUAUUCUACAUACUGUUCUAUUUCAGAUUAAUUUAUUAAUCUUAUUAUUAUUACUCAGAUUAACAAAGGCUACUGUUUUUUUCUUGUCCACAACAAUAAAAUAAUUGAGAAAUGAA